AUGGCAUUAGAAUCAGAAACAAAACGCCGAACAGUGCUUCGUCCUGCUUUUACGAUAGCUGCUAAUGUUUUGGACAAUUUGUUAUCUGAAACGGUGAACACUCGACCCUGGCAACAAAUUAGUGUACAGUGGGAACUUUUACAAGUUAAGUACAAUGAGCUUUGUGUCGUGGAAAGUGCGGUAUUUGAAGCUAUGGUCGAAAAGGCUUCCGAAGCAGAAUUAAUCAGUGAGAUUGAGGCAAAGGAUAGAUACAGCACACGCUACUAUGAACUUAAGUGCAAAUGUGAUGACAGACCCAGUUUAGUAAGUUCAGAGUCAUCAAAUGUAAAAGGUAAGCGCAGUUUUAAAUUACCUCCAAUCGAAUUCAAGAAAUAUUCUGGAGACUUGAUAGGUUGGCUUCCAUUUUGGUCGCAGUUCAAAGUAGUGCAUGAUGAUUUAUCAAUUGAUUUAAACGACAAAAUAGCUUAUUUGAGACAAGCCACUAUAGACGGUAGUAAGGCCAGACGUUUAGUGGAGAGUUCUCCUGCAGUAGCUGAUAAUUACUCAAAAAUUAUAAAGAGUUUGAAGUCUAGGUUUGGCAGAGAGGAUCUCCAGAUUGAAGUAUAUAUUAGGGAGAUCUUAGAGUUAAUUUUGAGUCGAGUUUCUAGUAGUUCUUGUAAUGUUUCUGCACUAUAUGAUAUGAUAGAGAGUCAACUUCGUUCACUUGAGACUUUAGGCAUAACUGUUGACAAAUAUGCGGCGAUAUUGUAUCCCCUUAUUGAGUCAUGUUUACCGGAGGAUAUGAUCAGACUGUGGCAUAGAUCUUCACAGUUUCUAAGGCCUUCUGGUUCCGUAUCCAUGCACAAUGUCGAAGAAUCUGCAGAAGUUACAACUUUGGAGACAAGAUUAAGUGGGCUAAUGAGUUUUCUACAAAAUGAAGUUCAAAAUGAACAAAAAAUUAAUUUAGCAACGGAAGGUUUUGGUUUAUCGACUGAAAAUAAAUAUAAAUCCAAUAACCUGGUUGAAAAGAAGAAUAUAAAAUUACCAAAGCAAGGAACUGAUCUGCCAUCAGCGACCGCUGCUGGGUUGAUAAUAUAUGAGGUUGGCAGAUGUAUUUUUUGUGAAGGACAGCAUGACAGUAUCAAUCGUUUUAAAGCACAAAAAUUGUCUAUGGAACAGAAACGACGAACAUUGACAGAAAAGAAAGCCUGUUUUCGAUGUUUGAAGGUAGGACAUUCUUCGAAGAAAUGUAGAGGACGUUUGAAUUGUAUUUUGUGUUGUAAAUCCCAUGUUGCUUUGAUAUGUCCUGAUUUACCUGUUAACAAAAUUGAUACAUUGACCUCAAGUAUUAGCCGCUCGGAAGAAAAUAGGACUGGGGAUCAGACGCUUGCGAAUUUGAACAAUACACAGCGUACCGCACAAGAAAUGAGUUUUUCUGCUAAAGGAACGGAAAAUAUCGUACAUACGUUAUUUGGCGGUAAAAGUACUUCUGAACAACGACAUAAAUUAUACAAGGUAACUGCGAGUGAAGGAGCUUACUCUUGUUCAUUUGAUGCCUUAUAUCAACCACAAAUUUGUGCAGAUGUCUCUCCUGUUUAUCACGGCCCUUGGGUUGAGGAACUUAGUGACAUGAAUAUUUCGCUCAGCGAUGUCGUACAUAUAGCACCAAUUGAGAUUUUGUUUGGAGCUGAUGUUGUAUUCAAAUUGUAUACAGGGAGGAAAUAUCAGUUACAGUGUGGUCUUGUAGCAGUUGAAACUUUGUUAGGUUGGACUCUUAUGGGCAAGGUGCCGGCAGUUGCUUCUAAUUUCAGCACAUCUAUGAUGUCGAUUGCGUUAUUUGUUGAAAGUUAUUCUGUGGCGAAACUCUAG